GAUCCGUCACGGGCGCCGCCGCUGCCGCCGCGGCCGUUCUGAGCCGAGCCGGAGCCCGAGCCGGAGCGGGGGCCGGCGCCAUUGCGCGGGCGCCGCGGGGAGAGCUUGGCGCGGGGCGGCGGGCCGGGCCAGGCCAUGCGGGCCGAGUGAGCCGGCGCCCGCAGCCCGCGGCGCGGCAUGGCUUCCCCGCGGAGCUUCGGACAGCCCGGGCCGCCGCCGCCGCCGCCACCGCCACCGCCCGCGCGCCUGCUGCUGCUACUGCUGCUGCCACUGAUGCUACCGCUGGCGCCCGGGGCCUGGGGCUGGGCGCGGGGCGCCCCCCGGCCGCCGCCCAGCAGCCCGCCGCUCUCCAUCAUGGGCCUCAUGCCGCUCACCAAGGAGGUGGCCAAGGGCAGCAUCGGGCGCGGCGUACUUCCCGCAGUGGAACUGGCCAUCGAGCAGAUCCGAAACGAGUCACUCCUGCGCCCCUACUUCCUCGACCUGCGGCUCUACGACACCGAGUGUGAUAAUGCGAAAGGAUUGAAAGCCUUCUACGAUGCAAUAAAAUACGGGCCGAACCAUUUGAUGGUGUUUGGAGGUGUCUGUCCAUCCGUGACAUCCAUCAUCGCAGAGUCCCUCCAAGGCUGGAAUCUGGUGCAGCUUUCCUUUGCUGCGACCACGCCUGUCCUCGCUGACAAGAAAAAAUACCCUUAUUUCUUCCGGACUGUCCCGUCGGACAACGCGGUGAACCCAGCCAUCCUGAAGCUGCUGAAGCAUUUCCAGUGGAAGCGAGUGGGCACACUCACCCAAGACGUGCAGAGGUUCUCCGAGGUGAGGAAUGACCUGACUGGGGUUCUGUAUGGUGAGGACAUCGAGAUCUCAGACACUGAGAGCUUCUCCAACGACCCCUGCACCAGCGUCAAGAAGCUUAAGGACAAUGACGUGAGGAUCAUCCUUGGCCAGUUUGACCAGCAUAUGGCAGCAAAAGUGUUCUGCUGUGCAUAUGAUGAGAACGUGUACGGUAGCAAAUACCAGUGGAUCAUCCCAGGCUGGUAUGAGCCUUUCUGGUGGGAGCAGGUGCAUACAGAAGCCAACUCAUCCCGUUGUCUCCGGAAGAAUCUGCUUACGGCCAUGGAGGGCUACAUUGGCGUGGACUUUGAACCCCUGAGCUCCAAGCAGAUCAAGACCAUCUCCGGAAAGACGCCCCAGCAGUAUGAGAGAGAGUACAACAACAAGCGGUCAGGCGUGGGGCCCAGCAAGUUCCACGGGUAUGCCUACGAUGGCAUCUGGGUCAUCGCCAAGACGCUGCAGAGGGCCAUGGAGACGCUGCACGCCAGCAGCCGGCACCAGCGGAUCCAGGACUUCAACUACACGGACCACACGCUGGGCAGGAUCAUCCUCAACGCCAUGAAUGAGACCAACUUCUUCGGGGUCACGGGUCAAGUUGUGUUCCGGAAUGGGGAGAGAAUGGGGACCAUUAAAUUUACUCAAUUUCAAGAUAGGAGGGAGGUGAAAGUGGGAGAAUACAACGCAGUGGCCGACACCCUGGAGAUCAUCAAUGACACCAUCAGGUUCCAAGGAUCCGAACCCCCAAAAGACAAGACCAUCAUCCUGGAGCAGCUCCGGAAGAUCUCCCUACCUCUCUACAGCAUCCUCUCUGCCCUCACCAUCCUGGGGAUGAUCAUGGCCAGCGCUUUUCUCUUCUUCAACAUCAAGAACCGGAAUCAGAAGCUGAUAAAGAUGUCAAGUCCGUACAUGAACAACCUCAUCAUCCUGGGAGGAAUGCUGUCCUAUGCGUCCAUCUUUCUCUUCGGCCUCGAUGGAUCCUUUGUCUCGGAGAAGACCUUUGAAACACUUUGCACGGUGAGGACCUGGAUUCUCACCGUGGGCUACACAACCGCCUUCGGGGCGAUGUUUGCCAAGACCUGGAGGGUCCACGCCAUCUUCAAAAAUGUGAAAAUGAAGAAGAAGAUCAUCAAGGACCAGAAACUGCUGGUGAUCGUCGGGGGCAUGCUGCUGAUUGACCUGUGCAUCCUCAUUUGCUGGCAGGCCGUGGACCCCCUGAGAAGGACGGUGGAGAGGUACAGCAUGGAGCCGGAUCCAGCUGGACGGGACAUCUCCAUCCGCCCUCUCCUGGAGCACUGUGAGAACACCCACAUGACCAUCUGGCUCGGCAUCGUCUAUGCCUACAAGGGGCUUCUCAUGUUGUUCGGUUGUUUCUUGGCUUGGGAGACCCGCAACGUCAGCAUCCCCGCUCUCAAUGACAGCAAGUACAUCGGGAUGAGCGUCUACAACGUGGGCAUCAUGUGCAUCAUCGGGGCCGCCGUCUCCUUCCUGACCCGGGACCAGCCCAACGUGCAGUUCUGCAUCGUGGCCCUGGUCAUCAUCUUCUGCAGCACCAUCACCCUCUGCCUGGUGUUCGUGCCGAAGCUUAUCACUCUGAGAACAAACCCAGAUGCAGCAACUCAGAACAGACGCUUCCAGUUCACUCAGAAUCAGAAGAAAGAAGAUUCUAAAACGUCCACCUCCGUCACCAGCGUGAACCAAGCAAGCACAUCCCGCCUGGAGGGCCUGCAGUCCGAGAACCAUCGCCUGCGAAUGAAGAUCACAGAGCUCGAUAAAGACUUGGAAGAGGUCACCAUGCAGCUGCAGGACACGCCAGAAAAGACCACCUACAUUAAACAGAACCAUUACCAAGAGCUCAAUGACAUCCUCAGCCUAGGGAACUUCACGGAGAGCACAGAUGGGGGAAAGGCCAUUUUAAAAAAUCACCUUGAUCAAAAUCCCCAGCUACAGUGGAACACAACAGAGCCCUCACGAACAUGCAAAGAUCCCAUAGAAGAUAUCAACUCCCCAGAACACAUCCAGCGCCGGCUGUCCCUCCAGCUCCCCAUCCUCCACCACGCCUACCUCCCGUCCAUCGGAGGCGUGGACGCCAGCUGUGUCAGCCCCUGCGUCAGCCCCACCGCCAGCCCCCGCCAUAGACAUGUGCCACCCUCCUUCCGAGUUAUGGUCUCGGGCCUGUAAGGGUGGUAGGCCUGGGGCCAGGGCCUCCCCCGUGACAGAACCACACAGAGCAGAGGUGUCUGCUGCAGGAACACUGUCAGAUCUGGCUGCGGAGAAGCUGGGCGCCAUGGCUGGCCUUGCAGAACUGCUCGGAUGGCACUCAGGUGGACAGGAUGGGGCACACUUGGCACCUGACCUCGGGCCUUAUUUGUGAAGUUUUUAUUCUUUCACAAAGAAGAGGAAUGGAAAUUACUUCUUCCUUAAUGUCUGCAAACAGGAGGAACUAGGAUAUUUGAAACUUUGACAAAAACCCUAGACAAGGAAAGAGUCACUGGAACUCCAGCUGGAAGUCACUGCACAGCCUUGAGAGAGAAAGGGCUGCUGGAGAAAUGUCCUCUGCCUCUGCACACGCAUCACUGGCUGUGCCCCGUCCCCUCCCCCCCAGCCCUUCUCCGCUCUGGGGAAGGAGGUAGGCAGGGCAGCUGCCAGUCCAGCCAACCCCAGCCUUCCUGGAACAGGGGCCUGCCGGAAGGGCAGCCAGGCACAGCUCUGCGCCAGGUGGCCCAGGGCUGGGGUGCUGGAGCGGGCUGACUCCCAUGCCUCCCGGUGGGACCUCACUCUCUGAUAAAUGCCACACAUUAACACAAUAACACUCGUUCUGGACUGCGGGGAUUUAGGGCACGUCACUGCAGACAUACUCUGCAGCAUUCACCGACAGUCGGUCAUGCACCCACCACGUUGGCCAUGUCCCUGUGUUCGCAUCAGGUGUUCCCAGUAAUAAGGGGGGCCACCUGAGGUAAUCAUGGAAUGUCUGCUCCCAGCAUACACAAAACAGAAAGAUUGUGCACUUUAACCUCUCUCA